AUGGACGUCGAAAAGGAGCACUCAGAAGUUAUCGAGCAUGUCAACAACAGCAAUGAGUUGCAGCGCGAAGACACUAUCGCUGCCCAUGGCUUCGCUGUCGAGUCUGAAGAAUUGCCCGCAGGUUAUUGGCGAUCACCGUACUUUAUAGGAACUUUCCUUGCCAUUGGAAUGAACUUGGCGGUAAGUGAUUCCUCCAUCAUCUGGCUUUCGCUCGUGUACACCAUUGGUCUGGCCGUUGGCCUCCUGCUCGUGGGACGUCUAUCAGACAUAUUCGGCCGCCGUUGGUUCUUCAUAGGCGGAACGAUGCUCGGCCUCAUCGGUGCUAUCAUCGCGUCCACAGCUAAAACGAUUCCCGUCCUCAUUGGCGGACAAACGCUUGUCGGGCUGUCCGCCUGCACAGGUUACUCCUACUCAUUCAUCAGCGGCGAGAUCGUGCCGGUGAGGCAUCGUUUCAUUGCCAACGCCAUCAUCUUCAUCUUCAGCAUGCCUACUGCUGGUUUCGGAGCUGCUAUUUCGACCUCUUUCAUUACCAAAACUGGUCCCGGAUGGAGUCUUUACCCAUGGAAAGAUCCGAAGACCAUUUCGUUCAUCGUCGUGGGUUUCCUCUGCCUGGUCGCCCUCUUCCUAUACGAGACCCUAGUCGAUCUCAAGGAGCCUCUGAUCCCGAUGCACAUUUUCCGAACCAAGGGCUUUACGCCAGCGAUGCUGUCGCUCUCCCUCGGUGCUAGCGUCUACUACUCGCAAGCAAUCAUCUGGCCUCAGAUGGCAGCAACUGUCUACGGCAACGGUCGCACCUCUUGGGUUGGAAUUGUAUCGUGCCUCGUUGGUAUUGGUAUCACAACCGGCGAGGUAAUCGGCGGUACUCUUGGCGGUGAAUUUACUGACGUUGACAGGAAAUAUCAAUGUAUCACCGUAAUUUCUCUCGGCACCCUUCUCUUGGGUCUGAUGGCUGUCUGCACUCCCGACACUCCGAACGCCGCCAUGGGAAUCGUCUUCAUCGCGACCAUUUUCGUCGGCUGGAAUGAGUCUUUGGUCCUACCUAUCUGCACCAUCGUCAUCACCGAUCAGCAGGAAAUUGGUACCGCUGCCGGCAUUGCAGGAUCCUCUCGCAGCGCCAUCAGCACUGUCGCCAGCACCAUCUACAGCGUCGUGCUUGCGACCCGAGUUGGGGAGACGAUCCCAUCUCAAGUCCCCGUUGCCGUCAUCGCCGCAGGUCUGCCAGCUACUAGUGUAGCCGACUACAUGACGGCCAUCGCAGCCGGCGGGUCUCCCAAACUUCUUGCCGCCGUGAAAGGUCUGACCCCCAAGGUCCUUGCCGCAGGAUCAGUUGCAUACAAGCAUGCAUACAUGGAUGCGUAUCGAACAAUUUUCCUUGUGAGCAUAGCAUUCGGAGGACUGGCCAUUAUCGCUAGCAUAUUUAUCCCAGAUAUCGACAAGUUGAUGACGCGGUCUGUUGCAGCGACAUUGCAGGGACGGAAAGGAGAUGAGGAGACUGUUGGCGAGAAGUAUCAUCGGAAACAUAUCGAGGCACACCCGUAA